AUGAAUUAAAAUAAAUGUUAAUCUGAUUCUGGAGGUACUAAAAUUAAAGGACCUGAAGAAGAUACCUUUCUACUUGUUAUGAACUAAGUCUUAGAUAGACAUAAGUCGAUUGCAGCAAAGAACAAUGAAAGUUAACUUCUUCAAAAUGCUCUGAAGGCUUUAUAAUAAGAAUUAAAUGAAGCUGAAUCUAAGAAUCCUGGAUCUGCUAAAUAAAUACUAGAUUCCAUUUUCAAUAAUUGA